CCCUAGCCGAGCCUCUUAGGCCUGACGUCCCUAUUCCCACUCCUCUCCAUCCAUCACACCGUCAAUCAGAGACAACAUCCGACAAGAUGGCCAAGUCCAAGAACGCGUCCCAGCACCACAACAGCCAGAAGGCUCACCGUAACGGUAUCAAGAAGCCCAAGACCAACCGUUACCCUUCCCUCAACGGUGUUGACCCCAAGUUCCGCCGCAACCACCGUCACGCUCUCCACGGCACCAUGAAGGCCCUUAAGGAGCGCAAGGAGGGCAAGCGUGAGAUCGCAUAGAUUAUGAACUCAGUCUUAAAAAAAUGGGAAACAUGAAAUGCAACUCGAGCGUGCAAGAGGUCCAGAGAACAUAACGUGUGUGACGAUCAAGGACGGUCCGCUGUGUCGAAUAGGCCUGGUUUUUGCUUAUUCCUUGCGCGACGAACCUCGAGUUGUUUGAUAUCGAGAAAUCAACAGGCUUAAUUCGAUGUGCACAGCGGUGCCAAUUUCCCAAGCGGAAUCUCUUCUGCUAUAUCCCUUUCUUUUUCCUUCCAGACUCGAGGGUCCGACUUCGUCUGUGUUGCGGCCCUUGAGCUUAGUCUCGCUCCCAUUUCCCCAAACCCCCGUCCGGCAUAUGUGUGUACAGCUGCGUGCUUUUCUCAUGCGCGAUUGCUGAAGGAUUUUUUCUUAACGUGCCAAGAAUAACCCCCAAGUCCCCGAUUGCUAUAUAUCCUGUCUUGAUUCUUCUCGAUCGAGACAGGGUUCAUGGUCAGGGGGCCUACAUUCCGUAAACAGUAACAGUCGUUUUUAUACUUGGC